CGGUGUGUUGAAUUAAGGUAUUCAAAUUAAUUAAGUGAAAAGUACUUGACGUGAAAAGCUGUCCCGAAAGCUCGGCGCGGACAGCUUAAACCUGUUAUCAGCUAGUGAGCGUUUUGCUCGCGAGCGUUACUACUUGAUUUUGUCCAGUGCUACGCUCAUUCUCGUUCCAGCAGUGGCCCACCAAAGUUCCCGAUCCGCUGCGCCGCGAUUCCACACAUUUACAUAUAUGUAUCUGUAUCAGUUGCCAGAAUAACUAUCUGUGUGUGCGAAUAUAGAGUGUGAUUUCGCUGUGUAAACAACACCCGCGAAUCGAGAAUAAGGCGUCUAUAUAGUAUAGCAGGCAAAAAAAUCACACGGAUUGGCGCGUCUGAAAAACCCGUGAGUCAUCGCGACGUGGCCGCAGCAGAUAAUUUCCCGUCCGCCGAGACAUCGGGGAAGUACCCAAUACGAAUAGCCAGCGAAUGGCGAUCGGCGCAGCUCAUUUCGAUCAUUAGUGUUUCGCUCGGCGAAGUCAGCGGUUCAGUUUUAAAUUGUUACGACGCAAUAAAUAGGAAAUAUUGGAUAGACACGAGCAAUAACACAAACAUGAAUCAGUACUACGACCUGGACAAGGGCAAAAAUGUGCUCUUCAUGAACGAUGCAUCCAGCACGAGUGGCUACAGCAGCGGCAACUCCCCCACCUCGACCACCCAGUCCUUGUCGCCCGCCCACUCGCCCGAAACGAUGGCCCUCCAAACGGAUUUCGCCAAUCUCAACUUGCCAACCGGCAACUCACCACAGCCCCUGCCGCUGCAGAACUCACCAUACCAGCAUCAGCUGUUGAACAACGGCGGUCUCGGCCAAUUGGAUGCCAGUAAUUUGAUAAAUUCCGCUGCCGUUGCGAACGCCACGAGUUUCGGCAACAUGUACAUGGAUCAUCAGUACUACGUGAGCGCGCCAGCUGCAGUUCCUCCUGGCCAGCACUUUGGAUACCACCAAAACAGCCCGGCAGCUGGCGGCGAUAACAAACACGUGCCGCAGCUGAGGAUUGUGGAGCAGCCGGUGGAGAAGUUCCGGUUUCGGUACAAGAGCGAGAUGCACGGCACACAUGGAUCCCUGAAUGGGGCCAACUCGAAGAGGACGCCCAAAACCUUCCCGGAGGUCACCCUGUACAACUACGACGGACCCGCCGUCAUCCGCUGCAGUUUGUUCCAAACCAAUCUGGACAGCCCCCAUUCCCAUCAGCUGGUGGUGCGCAAGGACGAGCGGGACGUGUGCGACCCGCACGAUCUGCACGUGUCCAAGGAUCGCGGCUAUGUGGCCCAGUUCAUCAACAUGGGUAUCAUACACACCGCCAAGAAGUACAUCUUCGAGGAGCUCUUCAAGAAGAAGCAAGAUCGCCUGGUCUUCCAGAUGAACCGUCGCGAGUUGUCCACCAAACAGGUGCAAGAACUGCACCAGGAGACGGAGCGGGAGGCCAAGGACAUGAAUCUUAACCAGGUGCGUCUCUGCUUUGAGGCAUUCAAGAUCGAGGACAACGGCACAUGGGUUCAACUUGCUCCGCCUGUGUACAGUAAUGCGAUUAACAACCGGAAGUCCGCCCAAACCGGAGACCUACGCAUCGUCCGGCUGAGCAAGCCCACAGGCGGAGUCAUGGGCAACGACGAGCUUAUACUGCUGGUGGAGAAGGUCAGCAAGAAGAACAUCAAAGUGCGCUUCUUUGAGGAGGACGAGGAUGGCGAAAUCGUUUGGGAGUCAUAUGCCAAGUUCCGGGAAUCGGAUGUCCACCACCAGUAUGCCAUAGUGUGCCAGACGCCCGCGUAUAAAGAUAAGGACGUGGACCGCGAGGUGGUUGUUUCCAUUGAGCUGUUACGGCCGUCCGACGACGAGCGGUCCUUCCCACCGCUGCCCUUCCGCUACAAGCCGCGGGAUGCAAUCGUGUCCAGGAAACGCCGUCGCACCUGCUCCUCGGCCAACAGCAGCAGUUCCGGCAAUGUCAGUUCCAAUAAUUCGCUGGAUCUGCCCAAAACUCUGGUCUUGGCGCAGCCACCGAACGGGGCAACCUCGCAUCACGAUCAGACAAUCAGUCAGGAGUUUGGACGCUAUCACCUUGAUGAUUUGUUGAAUUCCGAUCAUUUCCGUAAAAUUAUAGAACACAACUCUGCCGAGCUGGAGAAGAUCUGCGAUCUGGACAUGGGCGAGCUGCAGGCGGAUGGUCAUGGGCGAUCGGAGGGGCCAUCAAGCCGAAACCUCACCAUUAAGUACUUGAGUGCUAUAUUCAAGAUCUUCGAUCAGGAUCGCCGAACAAGGUGUGAGACCUCGCGCCGCCAAGUGGAGGAAUUGUUUACAAACCACGCUCUGCAAAAUGACAAUAAUGAUACGCUACUGCACGAGGUGAUUAGCUACAAAAAGGACAACCUGAAGUUGGCCUUUAAGACGAUACAGGUGAUGAACUACUUCAAGCUGAGUGAGCUGGCCAACAGUGCAUUGAAUGCGGACGGAGACAGUGCACUUCAUGUGGCUUGCCAGCAGGAUCGGCCGCACUACAUACGUCCUUUGAUGGGCCUAGAGUGCAGCCCCAAUCAGCAGAAUCACGCGGGCAAUACCCCAUUGCAUUUGGCCGUCAAGGAGGAGCGCAUGAACUGCGUGGAGAGCUUUCUGAACGGAAUGCCCACUCUGCGAUUGGAUCUCUCGCUGAAGAACGACGAUGGGCUGACCCCUUUGCACAUGGCCAUCCGGCAGAACAGAUACGAUGUGGCCAAGAAACUGAUUAGCCAUGACAGGAGUUCGAUCAGCGUAGCCAACACAAUGGAUGGUAAUAAUGCUCUACACAUGGCCGUUCUCGAGCAAAGUGUGGAGCUGCUGGUGCUCAUCCUGGAUGCGCAGAAUCAAAACCUCACCGACAUCCUGCACGCACGAAAUGCAGCCGGCUACACCCCGCUCGAAUUGGCCAGGCACAAGGCCAACGAGCGGGUGGUGCAGCUGCUGGAGAAGGUGUAUCCGGAGAAGGGUGAACUGGCCAUGACCUGGAUUCCGCGCAAGGUCAAGGAGGAGAUAGACUCGUCCUCGGACGAGAGCAGCGAUGCUGGGCAGCUGGAGAUCAAGUCCGAGGAGAUGGAUAUCAAAAUGGAGGACGAGGACUCCGUAGAGCUGGAUUUAAGCAGCGGUCGACGAGGACGCGACUCUGACGGCACCCAAAUGAACCCUGAACCGAGGCACAAACUGCAGCUGCUGCUCAAGAACAAAUCCCUGUAUGACCAGCUCAGUUCUCUGCUGAACGAACCCGUGGGACAUGGGCCAGAUCCCAAACUGGCAAAGUGGAAGCGGGUGGCCCGCCAAUCCAAUCUGGAGCAGUUCAUCUGCCUGUGGCUGACUGCGGAUGGCCUAUUGGAUCACAUUAUGGAAGACGGCGCCAGCGUGGAUAUUGGCGCAUUCAUCCGCGCCCUCCAGACAAUCGAGCCUCAGGCGUACGCCCUACUGGAUCGAGAUUUACAUUAGCCCUUAGGGUAAUCCCCCCAUGUACACCCCAUCCCCUCUCAAAAAAGGAUAAGCUUAAUUUUGUAUUGAACCUGUUGAUCAAUAAAGUACCUUAGUUUUAUAUCUACUAAUCUCUAAAUGAAA